GUGUUUACAACUGAGGUUUGAAUUAUAUUGAUGAAUUCAUCUGCAAGGGAUCCACAUAAAUACGAGAGCUCUUUAAACCAAUAUAAAACAACCACUAAUGUAAAGGUAUGGUAUAGACAUAUUAGAAUUGCGAAAUAUAACCAACCAUGAGUCAUACGACAACAGUAAACAGAAUAAAAUAGUUCACAGGAAACUAUCUCAUACAGAAAGAUAUUAGACCAUUUCAAUUCUUUAAUUUUAACAUAUUUUGCACAUGUAACUUUACAUGUACAAAGAACAUGGGUAACAGUCUAGAAAAACACAUAAAAGUGCAACUUGAUCAAGGAGUGAAAGUAGAAGAUCUGAAAAGAAUUCCUGAAGACAAGAAACCUUUACUACAAUGGGCCAUCCGGACUAAUAACACUAAUGUUAUAGAGACACUCUUGGAGUAUGGAGUGAUUUUGAACUGUGUCUGGAGCGAUUCAAAUGGGGACCUUACGACACCACUGAUGUGUUGUAUACAAUUCAAACGUUGGGAUAUUUUACAUCUGUUGAUAAAAUGUGGGGCAGAUCCAAACUUUACCACACAUACAGACACCUCAGAUGUCCUAAGUGAUAACUUUAAAAAUGAGGCUAUAGAGAAGAAAGUAAAGAUUUUUGAGACACCACUCAAUGUGCUCAUAAAGACAACAGAUGCGCCAUCUAUGGUGAUGGAGUUCAUCAAUACAGGAGCGAAAGUAAAUACAAGAGAACAAGAUAUUGUGACACCACUGAUGACAGCAGUAUUGUUAAAUAAGAGUAACAUUGUGUCUGCUCUGCUAAACAAAGGGGCAGAUCCAAACCAGAAAUCAUACAAUCCAAAAGUCUUAGGCCUGGAUAUACCACUGAAUGUUGCAAUAAAGAACACUAAAGAUCUGUCCAUAAUAGAAGAACUAAUAGCUCAUCGUGUAGAUGUUAAUGCAAAGGGAUGGAAUGAGGAUUGUCCUUUAACUGUGGCUUUCAAUCAUAACAAGGACCUUAUACCAAUACUCAUUCAACAUGGAGCAGAUCCUGAAUCUACCGUUCAAAAUGGGAAUACACUUCUUCAAGCCUUGUUACACGCUGGUAUUCAAAAUAAAGACACUUAUGACCUCAUAAGAAGAGUAAUAGAACUCGGCGCUAUGGUGAAUAAUCCAGGGACUAGUGGAGAAACACCUUUAGCUGUUGCCAUUGCCAAGAAAAAUACCUGCAUUAUUGAGGUCUUAUUGAAGAACAAAGCUGACCCUAACCAACUGAGUUACAAUCCUAAAUUUAGUACACAACAAACACCACUUGAUACCAUUAUCAACAUGGCAACAAAAUGGAGUUAUGAUGAAUUUGGAAUCCUGAAGAUUCUACUAGCAAAUGGUGCAUCAGUUAACAGAGCAGGUCAAGGAGGAGACACACCUUUGAUUAAAGCUCUGAAAAGAGAGAACACUGCUAUUGUUGAAGAGUUAAUUAAACAAGGAGCAAAUGUGAAUGAAAAUGAUAGCAGUGGAACUGUACUCUUCCAUGCUAUUCAAAAUAAUGUACACAUGGUACGGCCUUUGUUGAAAUCUGGAGCAAAUCCGAAUCAGAAAUCUGGGAGGGAUACACCCCUAACUGCACUAAUUAAGACAGCGUAUCAUUCUGAUGUCACAACAGAGGUCCGUAUGUAUGCUAAAUAUGUCAUAGAUUUGAUUGAGUAUGGGGCAGAUGUUAACACACCAGAUUCGUCAGGGUGCACACCUCUUAUGCUUACGAUCUACAACAAGAACUCAAUAUUGCGAAAUGUCUUACUAGAGAGAGGUGCCGAUCCAAACCUUGUUGGAUAUAACUCAAGGCUCCCUGGUAAUGACACUCCUCUGAAUGCUAUAUUACGUGACAUUGGCAACAAUGAUGCAGAUGACAUGGCAAGAACAAUCAUACAACAUGGGGCAAACCCAAAUGCAAUAGAUCCCAGAGGAUACACUCCUUUAGAUCUCGUCAUUAUAUGGGGAUUAAGAGCUUCUUCUAAACAAGGAUACAUCCGUGUAACUUUGUUGCUCAUACAAGCUGGUGCUGACAUCAAUAUGAAAUAUGGAGAGAACAAAGAUAUAACUGUACUGAUGUUUCUAAUAUUGAUGCAUGAACAAUAUUCUCCAAAUGAAGCAAUUGAGUACUUAGUGGAACAUGGAGCCGACGUGAAUGAGGUUAGCAGCACAAGUAAUGAUGUCUACCAAGCAACAUAUACUACACCCCUUGAUCUAGCCAUGAAGAAAAACUACACAAAAAUAGUUGAAAUCUUGCUUCAGCAUAAGGCUGGUGAACCCGCUUAUUAUCAUGUCAAUACAUUGGCAUAUUUUACAAAGAGGUCAAUCCGCAAUGCCCUGGCUAAGAGUAAGGCUUUCAAUGCUGGGAAUGCAGGAGGGACAUUACUGACUUAUAGAGAAAAAAUGGAUUUACUUCCACUUCCAAGCGCACUCAAAAAAGAAAUAUGACAGAGAAAAUGAUUAAAUAAUUGACUGGAAAUGCAUGCUAUAAAUAUAAUUCAAUGUAAAA